AUGGACACAAUCAGUUUUGACAUCAACGAUGCUCUCAAGCAUUAUAUGAGCGACCCCGUCACGGUGUCAACACCCGAAGCCGACUCUGCCCUCGUCGAUUGCGAAAAUGACCCCGAGUCGCUCACCAAUUCCCUCAUCAAUACCGUGCUCAACCCCAUCGUGGACUCGGUGGCAGAGAACCCGGAUGCAAUAACUAGAAGCUCUUCCUUUGAUUCCCUACAGUUUCUCCUAAAGUGUGUCCCUGUCUCCCUCCAGUCCCAUCGCAAUUUCCCCACGGAACCAGAUUCUGAACUUUUCAAACUAUCUAGAUGUUCUUCCAUGCUUCCUACACAUGCACUGAGCAAGAUCCUCGAUCUUGUCGUGUCUGGUCUUUCGGCCGAGGCAGACAUCAUCCACAACGACCUCGAAUCAGACGAGCAGGAUAUUAUCUCACACCACAAACAAUUGCUGGAACUAUUCGGUUUUCUAUUACAAUGGAUCGUCGCAGCAGUCGAAACGAAGGCGGCAGAAAAGUCAACAGCAGCGCCAGUUGCCAGAGGCCGAGGGAAGGGUGCCAAAGCAAAGGCUGCGGCAGGUAAGGAUAAAGAUGGGAACUGGGAUUCUUCCGCCCAGCUCCAAACGGCUCUGGAUACCAUGUGCAAGGUACUGAAAUUGAAACUCUCGAAAAUCUUCCUCACAACCUCUGAGCGAGACACAUUCGUAAGCUUGUUCACACGGCCCGUGUAUAUGGUUCUGGAGAGCGAGCAGAGAGUCAAAAGCACUGCCAUUCGAAUGCAUGCUUUCAAACUUCUCUGCAUAGCUGUUAAGCACCAUGGACAUGGAUAUGGUACGACUUUCCGUGGUUUCGUCCAGACCAAAUUGCUAAUAAGCACUCUUAGCUGCCCAAAUCUCCAUUGUGCAAAAUCUUACUUACUUUGAACAUCUUGCGGAACCCAUGGCCGAAUUCCUUCACAUUCUUGCAGAGCAAUACGAUUACCCACAACUUGUUGACGAAAUCCUCCGAGAAUUGAGCAACAAGGAGUUCAACAGCAAUGACACAAGAGGGCCAAAGUCGGUUUCUUCGUUUAUGGUUAAGCUCUCUGAGCUUGCACCCCGACUCGUCAUAAAGCAAAUGACCCUGCUGGCGAAGCAAUUAGAUAGUGAGUCCUAUGCUUUGCGCUGCUCUCUCAUCGAAGUAUGCGGAAACCUUUUAGCGUACUUGAGCAAACAGGAAGAGCGUGGAGACAACCACAAAUCACAACUGAAUGCAUUCUUCGAUGUGCUUGAAGAGCGCUUUCUUGACCUUAACCCAUAUUGUCGAUGCCGAACUAUUCAAGUCUACGUCAAACUUUGUGACCUGGAGCAGAAGUUUCCAAAACGAAGGCAAAAGGCUGCGGAAUUAGCCGCAAGAAGUCUGGAGGACAAGAGCAGUAAUGUCCGACGAAACGCGAUUAAGCUGCUUGGAUCUCUGAUCAAGACUCAUCCUUUCAGCAUCAUGCAUGGGUCGCAGCUCUCUUUAAAAGAAUGGAAUGCUAGACUUGCUGCUGUGGAUGCGGAACUGAACGCUCUCAAACCCGCCGAGGAGACACCAGGUUUAGCUGACAAAACCGUUGAUACCGCUCUUCUAGACGAUGCCACGGCUAUCGAGCCCGAUUCCCCACAGAAGCAAACUCCGAUGACUGAUGAAGAAAAGAUUGCCGCCGUCAAGAAGGCCCAGGAAGAUGCUGCAACGUCUGAGGCGAUGAACAAAUUGACUCUGACGAGGCGGUACUAUGUUGAAGCCCUCAAAUUCAUCGAGGUGCUGCAUGGUGCUACCACAACUGUGUGUCAGUUGCUCGGCUCUAAAAAUAAGAGUGAGGUUAUUGAGGCAAUGGAUUACUUCGAAAUUGGAGAUGCCUACAACAUUGAACAAAAUAAAUUGGGUAUCCGAAGAAUGCUACGGCUAAUUUGGACAAAGGGCAACAGCGAUGAAGGAAAGGGUGUUCAAAAUCAUUUGAUCGAAUGCUACAAGCGUCUCUUCUUCGAGGCCCCCGACACCUACAACGGAAACGAUGCAGCAAACUAUAUCGCUCGCAACAUGAUUAGUUUGACUUUCGGAGCAACGCCUGCGGAACUAACAUCCCUGGAGCAGCUCUUAAGUACCAUGAUGAAUUCGAACCACAUAUCUGAUUUGGUUGUGCAGAAGCUUUGGCAAGUCUACGGUGUCCAAAAGAGAGAAAUUUCCAAGAGUCAACGGCGAGGAGCUAUCAUAGUAUUGGGAAUGCUUGCGACAGCAAAGCCAGAGAUCGUGGUUGGUGAGAUGGAAACUAUGUUGAGAAUUGGGCUGGGAAGCUUGGGCAGAUCCGAUUUACAACUCGCCAAAUACACUUGUAUUGCGCUCCGGAGAAUCAACCCAACGGGAAGGCAGGCCAAGGAAUCCAAAGUACAAAGUUCCAAGCUCUCCAAUGAUCACGCUGUUCUCGGUAAACUUGCGGCCAUUAUUGAGGUGGAAUCUGACAACAAGGAAUGGUAUGGUGUUGCUGAGCAAGCUAUUAGUGCCAUAUAUACCCUCUCAAGACAUCCAGAUACCUUGUGCUCGGAAAUCCUAAGACGAAAAACAAGACUGGUCUUCCAACAGCGAACAGCAAAAUCGCCUGAGCCGGAAAAAAUGGAACUAGAUGGAUCACAGCCAUCAUCACCGACUGCGGAAUCCCCAGAAGAGCGAGCCGAUUCUGUGGAAGCUGAACCUGGGGAGAAGAAGCUGAAGGGAUCUGUCGCACUUUCGCAACUUCUCUUUAUCGUUGGCCACGUUGCUAUCAAGCAAAUUGUUCAUCUCGAAUUGUGUGAACUAGAUUUCAAGCGACGCAAGGCCGAUGCAGAGAAGAGCAAGCCAGCAGCAGAGGCUCCAGCAGACAAGUCCGCGAAAGAGGCAGCCGAUGAUUUGGAUAUGAUUGGCGGUACCACCGAAGAUGAUUUUACCGAAGCAAUGUCACACAUCCGUGAACGGGAGCUUCUGUAUGGCGACAAUUCGUUAUUAGCAAAUUUUGGACCGCUUGUGUCUGAAAUAUGCUCCAACAACACAACUUACAAGGAUCGCAAUCUCCAAGCAGCUGCCACCCUCUGCUUGGCGAAGCUCAUGUGUGUAAGCUCAGAAUACUGCGAGGCAAAUCUUCCACUUCUCAUCACGAUCCUAGAGAGAUCCAAGGACCCUAUCACUCGUUCCAAUGUUGUCAUUGCACUAGGUGACAUGGCUGUUUGCUUCAACCAUCUUAUCGACGAGAAUACGGACUUCUUGUAUCGUCGUCUCAACGAUAAGGAUGCCAGUGUGAAGCGGACAUGCUUGAUGACUUUGACAUUCCUCAUUCUUGCUGGUCAAGUCAAGGUCAAGGGUCAAUUAGGUGAAAUGGCUAAAUGUCUUGAGGAUGAUGAUAAACGAAUCGCAGAUUUGAGUCGCAUGUUCUUCACCGAACUGAGCACGAAGGACAACGCCGUGUAUAACCACUUUGUUGAUAUGUUCAGUUUGUUAUCUGCGGAGAAGGAGCUUGAGGAAGAUUCACUAAAGAGGAUCCUCAAGUUCCUGGCUGGUUUUAUCGAAAAGGUAUGUCUGCUUUCAAGUUACUAGCAAUCGAAGUACUAACCUAUUAUGCAGGAUAAACAUGCGAAGCAACUCGCAGAUAAAUUGGCAGCAAGACUAGCAAGAUGUGAAACUGAAAGACAGUGGAACGACGUUGCUUAUGCUCUUAGUUUGUUGCAACAUAAGAACGAAGAGAUUACCAAAAUGGUAGCGAACGGUUUCAAGAUCGUUCAGGGCGCAGCAUGAUUCUGUGAGCUCAUAUAUCGUGAUGUAUGUAUGGUCGGUAGUCGGUACAGGAGUCAGUUGGUAUAUCAAGGAAAUGGGGGCGUUGGUGGCUCAUGUAAUAUUGACUUGAUGAAUAAUUAUGCAAAUUCGAUUC